UUUGGAUGAUUAUAACCGUCUGGUGAAACUAUGUAAUGGGACCAAUGAAGGCCUUCUACAGAGGAACCCAUUUAGCAAACCUAGUGAUCAGCUACCAACCAUGGAAGAUGUUCAGAACUGUCUCUCCUUUCAAGAUUUUGAUAAACCUCCUUUCUUUCGGAAUUCCACUUUUAGCUUUAGGAAUGCUUUGGAAGGCUUUGAGAAACCAGAUGGAACCUUGGACCUUCCAGUUGUGAGUCUCCAUAACUUGGUCCACUCUGUUCUGAAUGGAACUGGUGCUCUUCCUCACUCUGCAGUGAAUGACCCCAUCUUUGUGGUCCUCCAUUCCUUUACUGAUGCAGUUUUUGAUGAAUGGAUGAAACGAUUCCGCCCAGCUGAGACUGCAUGGCCUCAAGAGCUGGCACCUAUUGGUCAUAACUGGAUGUUCAACAUGGUGCCUUUCUUCCCUCCUAUCACCAAUGGGGAAUUGUUUCUCCCUGCUGCACAACUUGGCUACAGCUAUGCCAUUGAACUGCCAGAGUCAGAUGAAGAGGCUCGUGCUUGGGCACUUAUGGCUGGAUCCACCAUUGGAGGAGCUCUGAUAGCUUUAGUUGUGCUGGUCCUUCUGCUUGUCCUGUUUCAGCACAGGAGACACAGGAAGGGAUUUGAGCCUCUCAUGAAUGCAAGGUUCAAUAUAAAAAGAUACACCGAAGACCCUUAAAAUAGGCAAUGUUUCUCAUGGUCUGUCUCCAGGAAUCAACCUUGAGUAGUCAAUUGGUCACCAUGAGCCAUUUGUUCAAUUAGCAUCCAUACAAAAGUGCAGUUCCCGGCCAGUUGCAUUACAUUGCGCACUAUUACUUUGGAUUCCCUUGAAAGAUUAGCUUUGUGCAGGUAUUCUGUGAUCAUAGGUGGAUAUCAAAGGUGCUAAGAUUUGACCUACAUAUUUAGAACACACCUUGUCAUAAAUCCCACACAAUACACUAGAUCAAGUAUGGAGCUAUAUAGACCACCCCAAAUGGACGGUCUGCAGCCACC